UCUCCCUCCCCCCCUCCACCUCCACCUCCCCACCCCACCCAAUCUUUCCUUCUCUACUUUCCCUACCUCCGCCCCCACCUCGCUCAGACCGUCGGUGUGACGUAACAAGUGCGCGCGCAUGUCAGCGUGGCCAAGACGGACCGAAGCACCGCCGUCGCCGCCCUCUCCAGCGCGUGGACGAGCACCGUCCCCCGGUCGAGGGAAAGCAGGUAAGGGCAAGAGCAACUCGCCUGCUCGCGCACCUUACGACGUGCCUGUCCCCUUUGUGUGGACGCCGCAAGUCGCCGACGACGGGCGGGUGUUCUUUGUUAACGACUCGGCCGGUGUGGACAACGCGAGCACGACAUGGGCAGAUCCGCGGGCACCGCUGCCAGAAGGAUGGGUCGAGCGCAAGUGGCCUGACGGCACGUCGUACUUUCUGAAUCUUAACGCGCCACUGGACGACACAGCCUCCGAGUUCUUGCCCACCGAUGAUCCUCGCCCGCCGCACAUCGCCGCCUGGGCUGCCGCCAACAACCAUCCUCUUCCCGACGGCAUCAAGCCACUACUCUCACCGGAGCGGAGGGUGUACUUUGCCGAUGCGGCCCGCAGAACGACGUCGUGGACUGACCCACGCCUCCCGCUGCCGCACGGCGUGACCGAGAAGAAGAACGACGACGGCCUUUCGUACUUUCUCUACGAGGGAACCGGCAAGGUGCUGCCCGGUGAUCCGCGCGAGUCUAUCACCAGCGCAGGCUACGCUGCAAGUCAACGUGCUCGUGGUGCCAAGGCCAGGGACAAGGGUAAGACCAAGGCCAAGGCCAAGGGCAAUGGCAAGGCCGGGCGAGGAAGCGACAGUGAGGCCGGACCCGGGGAGGCCCAGGCCAAGACCCGGCGCCGGGGCAGCGGCAAGGCCAAGUCCAAGACCAAUCGUGGUCAGCCUGGUGCCAGCGCGCCGUCGGAGAGCCGAGUCAAGGCACCGUCGGCAAAGCCACUGGUCAAGGGCGCGUUUCAGUCGCAUUUUGAAGUCGUCGAGCCGAUCACCCGCGGCGGCUUCGGCUCGAUUCUCAAGAUCCGCGCCAAGAACAUCCGUGGGUCGGACAAGUCGAGCACCGCCGAGCUUCUUCGAGCUCUGAGCGGACGUGAUCUGGUGGUCAAGGUCAUGGCGCUGAAAAAUGCGUCGAUCCUGCAGCGCAAGGCGGCCAAGCUGGAGGCCUCCAUCCACUCGCGGCUUGAGCAUCCCAACAUUGUCAAGUGCUACCGGGCGUACCUGGCGAGCUCGCACAUUGCACUCGUCCUCGAGUAUUGCGACUUUGACUGCCUCCACGCGCUCAUUGCGUCACGGUCGGCGAGCGGGCCUGAUGGCCGGCCCCAGUACCUGCCGCAAGACCAUGCGCUCCUCUGGUUUGCACAGCUCGCGUCCGCGGUCGAGUACCUGCACGAUGUCAUGGGCGUUCUACACCUGGACCUCAAGCCCGGCAACGUUUUCCUCGCCCUCGACAUGUCGAAUCCAUCGACACUGGCGGUCCGACUCGGCGACUUUGGCUUUGCCACCCGCUACCAUGACGGGGUCUGGCUCAAGCCGAUGGACCAGUUCUGGGGCACACCCGAGUACACUGCACCCGAGCUUCUUGCGUCGGCCAAGGUCCAGCCGUCGCCGGCUGCAGACGUGUGGGCCAUGGGCGUUGUCCUCUAUACCAUGCUUGCGCUCUCCACCCCGUUUGGCGAACGGUCCAAGGCCUCGGCCCAGCUUGGCUCGAUCGUGCCCAAACUACAGGCUCGGAUGGGGACCGGGACGCUCGCACCUCUGCCGGUCGAGUACACUGAUGAUGUCUCCGAGCUUGUUCAUAUGUGCCUCCGCAAGCGGCCAUCCAACCGGCCAUCUGCAGCCCGUAUCCUCACCCUUCCUGUCCUCGAGUCGUCGCUCAAGUACGUCUCGGUCCCCCACCCGCCCGACACUCCAGAUGGCCAGGCCAGUAAACGGUAGCCGUCGA